CGGAGACGCUUCAUCAGAGAGUGAGGAAGACGUCGUUGUCUGCUGAGGUAGAUGGCAGAACAUCUUCGUUUGUUCGGUAAAAGAUUCUUCAUGCUGAUGACCAAUAAAAAUCAGUGUCUUUCGUUGCUUUGUGUCUGUAUGAUUUUUUUGAAAAUUCAAAAAUCUGGAUUGGUCCAUAAAACUGCUUACUAUAAUGAUUCGUUUGUUCAACCAAGAAAAAUCAAAAAUCUGGAUUGGUCCAUAAAACUGCUUACUCUAAUGAUAUUCUUGUCAAUCGGUGCUUUCCUUCAACAAUCGGAACUUCUGAAAAAUAUCUGAAUCAUUUUUCGUCACUAUCAACAUGAACUCAUGACAGUACGGCAAUGACUUACCAAUCGUAAAAAUUAUGGCAGAGGAAGACGAGGCGCCAGGAGGUGCGCCGGCUGAUGCGGCCGAAGCGCCUGCUGAGUCACCCCCGGCUGAUGCUCCCGCAGAACCCGCUGCGGAGGCGCCACCGGGAGACGCCGCAGAGGGUGGCGAUGUUUUCAAUACCGAACCUGGAGAGAAUGUUGGUAUUUCAAGAAAUCUUUUAAGAGGAGCACAACUUGUGUGCUGAAGUGUCGCAAUUCUGCAGUUAAUCUUGCAUUUGAAUUGGUAUUCUUCCAAAGAGCAAAAAUGGAUCACAUACAAGAGUUCCUUUAUCUCAAAUGCAAUAGUUACAUCUCGUGCGGGUUCGAAGAGCGACUCGGCGACGCUAAGUGAGUCUUUGGGUGGUGGAAUGGCGACUCUUCGCGCAGUCUCCAAAAUGUCCAGACGGCUUACAGGAAGCAACCGAGUGUGGACUAAAGGAAAGCGUGUUAGUGUGGACCUAGCAAAAGCAAGCAAACAGGUUUUUUUCUAUAGUUAGACUUUGAACACGAGAGCUACAGGUUUUUUUCUAUAGUUAGACUUUUUUGUAAGAACUACAUACUUCCUUGCAGGUUAUCUGAGUCUGCUCCACAGGUAUCUAUUUUCUUUCAAUAAAGUCAUCUUUCUCUUACACUUGUGUUCUAAAAACCCAGGGAGCCACGGACAAUGAAGAUGGCAGCGGGGAACCUGGCGUCGUUUACAGCUACAUGGAUGGGGAAGCUGAGCUCGCGACUCAACCUAGGGAUAAAGACCAAUUGCCAACACAGAUAGCGCAUUUCGAAAGGGUCGAUGGUUUCGACUUCACGCAAACAAGCGUAUUUACAUGAUUACUUUUCUCAUUUGAUUACUAUGGUAGAUCCUGGUAUAAUCAAUAUUGUGAGUACUUAGUGGGGCAAAUGAAUUUUGUUUCUUUGAAUAAGUUGUAAAAGCUCUUACGAAACUCCCCAAGGAUCUUCCCUCAACAGAACGCCACUUGGGUAUCAGGCAGUGAGAUUUGUUACACGGUUGGUCGUUCGGUGAUGCUAUUUGACGUAGUCUCAGAGGAACAGAGGAUUCUCCACGGCCGCGAUAGUGGUGGUGUAGGUGCAGUUCAAAUAUCCCCUGACGGAAACUACUUAGCAGUUGCGGAGUUUUCCUCAGAGAAGCAGCCGCCAAGGAUUUUCAUAUACGCGUUUGCGACCAUGAAAGUGCACAGGAUCUUGAGGAAGUGCAGUGAUAGGUUAUGGCGAGGAUUAUACAUAGGUUUGUUGCUUUGAUUGUUCCAAGAACGAGUUUUGUUGUGGUUGAUAGGACAGCAGAGCGAAUAGAUGAUGUUGGAUGAAAAUUAUAUAGGCUCGCUCCUUAACACGUAUAUUCCUCCUUGACCUCCUGCUCUAAGAAACGGUUACGUCGGCGUCGCAUUCUCACCGCAUAAUGAAGCUCAGUUAGCAAGUUUAGGCUCAAGUCCCGAUUACCUGCUCACGGUUUGGAAUUGGAAAAACGAGAGCAUCUUGCUCAAAUGCAAGGCAUACGGACAAGAUAUUUUUCAGGUAUAAACUUCUUCGGCUUCCUUGUUCUUAUUUUCCUCACGAAUAGGUACUAGAAUAAACAUGAGAUCGAAUAGGUACUAGAAUAAAACAAUAAAUUAUAAUGAUGUUCUUGAGUUUUGUUCCCAAAUAGAUACUAGAAUAGAUCAUCACGUCAACUUCUACUACUUACCCAGUAGAUGAAGUUCCCACUAUUUUUAGAGAUGAACACGAUCAUGAUCUAUCUUUUUUCAACUCCACUUCCUAGGUCCGUUGGGGUCAGUUUCCUGGCCAGCUCAUUACCACUGGCGUUGGCCACAUCCGAUUUUGGAAGAUGGCCACCACGUUCUCCGGUCUGAAGCUACAAGGGGCACUCGGUAAGUUUGGCGGAACAGAACUCUCAGAUAUUUACGGGUAUGUCGAGUUACCGGAUGGGAAGAUAGUGACGGGAUCCGAGUACGGCAAGCUGUUGUUGUGGGAGGGUGUCUUCGUGAAGUGCGAAUUCGUCACACCUGAGGGGAAGAACGCUCAUGCCGGGAAUUUGAAUGUCGUCUUUUGGGAUGAGGAUAAGUUUAUGGACAAGUAGGUUCUUCGUUGUGUCAGUUUCUCAGGAAGAUGCUAAUAUAUGGUUUUCGUUUCCAUCUGUAGUCUCUACUUUCAUGUGUCUCUAUCGUGGAGAUGCGGAACCGAAAUCAAUGAGUUUUGAUUGCGCAACUUUCAUUGUUCUCUCUGUGUUAGCUGGCGUUUUCUAUGCCUAUGCCUAGCAUGAACUUUCAUCUUCCCCACCGGAUCCAAGUACGUGGUAAGCGCAGGUGAGGAUGGUUUCGUGAGGUGGUGGCCAUAUGCGGAGAUAGAUUCUGCAGAGGCGGAUUACGAUAGUGGAAACCUCAACGUUGUUCUACCUUGUGCCCGCGAGGUCGAACUUCCGCAAUCUCCGUAUCCAGCGACCAUUCAGCACAUCGCCGUUUCAAAAGACAAGAGCAGGUGGGUGUUGCAAGAUAGUAGGAACGGCAUACUGUGGCACUACUCAGUAGCAAGCGGAGAGUUUAAAGCAUUGCUGAAAGCGCAUGCGGAACCAAUAACAGGGUUAAUCACGCUGCCGCCAUACUACGGAAGCGCAAUAACGGCAUCAUCAGAUGGCACAAUGCGCGUCUUCAACGUGACAGAAGAUCAAAGCGUCAGCAGCUCUUUGGUAAGCGAGAUGAGUCGUUCUUUUUUGAUGAUCUAGUGUCGACAACCGCCUCAUUGCCAAAAAGUUUCAAAUGUAAUUAGAGGCGUGUCUUUACCUUCUUUCGAUUAUAUAGAUAUGUUCUUUUUACAACUUGUUCUCUUCAGGUCUUCUCCAGCAGCGAAGGGAACCCUUAUCCUGAGACGGGCAUUUCGUGUAUGGUCUUGCCGCCAACGGAAGUGGAUAGUUCAUGCCGCACUCUAGCCGUGGGUUACACCAACGGCGUCUUGAGGGUUUUCACCCUCUACCAAGGCAGUUUUCUGCUGAGAGAAGCGAAGAAACCUCAUGCUGGGGUCUCGGUUCGGUGUAUGGCUUUCUCCCCGAACGCGAAGGUUUUCGUAACAUUAGGUGACGACAAGACUUUGUUCUUUUUCUCAGUGGGUAGCAGCAGUAGUGCAGGGGGCUUGUUGACGCCGUUGGGCUUCGUGACUUUGCACGCACAAGCCCUGAGUUUUUCGUGGCACGGGAGUUCUAGUAAACUGCUGUUGGCCUUUUCGGAUGGCACAGUAGCCGAAGUCCGGUGUCCGGAUCCUUCCACACUAGACACCUCCGACAGUUUCGAAAUUGCAACUUUAGGGUACAAACUGUGGCAGCCAGAACGGUUUAUCCCAGAAGAAAGCAGUGAGGAAGAAGCUGCCGUGGCGGCGGGAGGCGGUGAAGCGGAAGACGCGGAGGCGGGUGAAGGUGAUGGCGGUGAAGCUGCCAAAUCACCGGAUGCGAAAGCAGCGGGUAGUCCGACCAAGAAAGAGAAGGGAGCCAAGAAAAAGUCCACAAUUGAAGACGACGAAGCGCCAGUGUUAUGGUCGUAACAACUCAUUUCUAAUGGUGGGGUAUCCAUUUUUCUCAGCAUCUUGGUACCUUUUGCUUUGUAUUUCCAUGAAGGACCGCGGCAAAAGGGUCCAGAUGACGAGGGGACCGAGAUGAGUAAAAGCCGACUCUAACACUGGAAGAAGUGAUCGCAAUUACGGGAGCCGUCUACAAAGACGCAAACACAAUAGUCUUCAGCGCGACGGGGCCGUACAACUACUUACUCUUUUGCGGUUGAUGUAUCGUUGCCUGUUCUUAUGUCACAGUGCGCAAGAUGAAAUGUUUUGAUGAUCAUACUUUUUCUUACACUUUCUCUCAGAGAAUUAGACAAAGAAGCAUUCUCGACCAACCAACUUCAGAUACAAAGAACACUUGUACACUCUCGCUGUGGGCGAUGAAGCAACGGGGGAAACAGGCUGGCUCGAGUCCGCCUUUGGAACGAAGGCUUACGGUUGCAUGGCCUACCCGAAGACAAAGCUUCCGCCAAAUACACAGGUAUUUAGACUAGUACAGGGAAGGAAAAGGUGUGAGUUCCUUAUUUGUAUGCGUGUGCCACUGCUUCUCCUGUUUCUCAAAUGCAAGAAUUGAGGUGUUGCAAUCAGGUCACUUGCAUGUCACUAGUAGACGACUUUCUAGCGGUUGGGUUCAAGGACUCCCGAGUGUGGCUGAUUCCUCAUAUCGACGAGGAGAAUAUGAUGAGGUAUAUCCAAGUGCAACAGGGGAGUAUGCGAAGUGGGGGUGUAAGGAGUAUCAGCCUGAUGCAAAAAUGCUUCCUUCUCGUAGCAGGAGACGAUGGCAUCCUCUACACUGUCUCAUUAGCGAGAGACGGUCUCAAGCAGUGGCGGGAAGCAGAGAAGAGUCUGGGUACUAUUGUUGUUUACAGGGAGGUACUAGAAUUCAUCAAUCCAAUUUAGAUUUUUCGAAAGUUGUACAUUGAUUCACUUAUGGUCGUUCCGAAGUAGAGUGUUUGUGGUCGCCAUUUGAUCAUGGGUAUUUCCUUAUCCAAUCUCUGUGUCUAUUCUCCCAUCAUUACGUUUCCCCUCCCAACCAACUACCACCGCAUCAACAGCCGGCGCCGGCAAAUUCGACGACCAGGCUUGGUCGGGCUACCGUCAGCCCCUAACUUACACCGCUGUAUCAGAUUGGAAAUUGCCUGCCUUAGAUGAAGGCGCCACUCCCGGGAAAGACAUUUUAGAUGCGAAUCACUUCUCUAUCCAGGAAGAGAAGCUCAAGUCAGAGUUAGAAAGCGCCAAGGCUGCUGCUGAGAAGAAGAAGAACUAUGUGCGUGCCCAAAUCGCGGACAUAAGAAAAGAUUUGGAGCUGUUGCGGGAGAGCAACCUGGAUGCGAGUGGAAAGAACGAGUUGAUUCCGAACAUGGUGGCAGAUCCAGACUACAUUGAAAUCGUCAAACAAGAACAACAGCAGAAAAUACAAGAUGUAAGUAAUAUUUUUGUGAUUUUAGGGAGGUUCUCUAGUAGUGUUGUUCGAAGAAGCGCCUCGAUGCACAUUGACUCUGUUCUUAAAUUCUCGACCUGCAUUUUCUGGUGCCACUUCAGAUUUGAUUGAAAAGCCAACUCUUGGGUACAGACACAAUCUUCACGUCCGCAGGUCCACACCGAGCUUGCGUGGAGCAUCGAGUAUCACGAGGUGGCGAUCCAGAAGCUAAAAGAGCGCUUUUUGGAGCAAUUAGACCAUGAAAGAAUAGUGGUUCGUGCUUUUUUGACGCCGUCCAAGAUCACCACCUUUCGCGUUUUAGCCCUUCCAGCUGCUCUAAAAGCACAUCUAGCUGGUCUGCACAGUCUUAUUUUCAAGUCGGGCGCGCAGGCCUUAGACGACGAUGAAGACAGCGAAAUGGGGGACGAACUAGCGCAAGACGGGUCCCCUAAGAAGGCGGGUGCAGCAGGCAGUGACUCUGCCGCUGGCGUAGUUACAGCCGGCUUUAGCGGGGCUCCGAUGUCUUUGGAGGGUGAAAAGACCUUGACGUCUGCGGAAAUCCGAGCUCAACGAAGACAGGCACGCUUAGCACGAAAGGCAGAAAUGAAGAAAUUGGAGUCGACGAAGCCAGGACCGAACAGCGACGACCCUCAAGAUCUCGAGGCUAUCCAGCUAGCGAAAGACACUCUCGGCAAUUACCUCCUCAAAACCGCGCCAGACUACAAGGUGCCAGAGAACCAGCGAAUCAAUGCGGAGAAGAAGCGACGACAGAUGUUUUUGUUGGAGGAGUCCGUGCACGCGAUCAAGAUGGAAUUUACACAGAAGGUCUUGGCAUUGAGAGACUUCAAAGAGGAAGUCAAGAAAAGCGUCAGGAGAGAUUUGAUCAUGCUAGAACAAAUCGGCGGUUCGGUGUCGCACCAUCUGAAAGACUUAGUCGUCGGCACAGGAGGAGCGGCUGUCGUGGUACUGGAAUAUUGUUGAACUUAGGUAGUUCAUCUUUUUAUAUCCGCAAAAUAUUAUUGUUGAGCAAAAUCUAUGCACUCGAUGAUACAAGGACGAGCCAUUCUUAACCUAGUAGAGCAGUUGUUUCAAGAAACCACUCCUACUUGAUUUUCUUUUUUUCUCAUGCUUGCUCAUAACAGAGCAUUUCCCGAUUGAAAAUCAAAACAGAAAGACGAGUAUCCCGAGAAGCGGUUUGAUUUCGCCGAGGACGAUUUGUCUGCCUUCGAAGCCACAGGAGAGCUUUUCGCGGAUAAGGUACUAUAAUUCAUUCUACAGAACAAUUUAAUGCUGCUUCAUAACAUCAAAGCACUUUUAUCAUCCUAUGAACCUGGAUCUUCCGAGAAGUUUUGUUUCUCAUAGUCUGUGCCGCAAUUUGAAUAACCCAAAAAGUCAAUGAUCUAUCUUUUUCCCUGCUUCAAAAUACAGUCUGGCGGUGCUCGUUCCUCUAGUUCCUUCCCGAUGGAAUUUGAUAUUCGAAGCACGCGUCUGCGUAGGAUGCAGAGACGACAAAGGGCUAUCCAAUUUUCCCAGACACCUCUUGCUAGGCAGUGCACCGACGAAUACGAGCGUAGAACACUAUAUAACAGACAGCAACUGGAGCAGCAAAUCCGGGAAAAAAUCGACGGCUUUGACGAAGCAGUUUGUCAACUUGAAAAAGAAAAAGCGAAGUUGGAAAGCGAUCUGAAGUUAUGAAGACACUACACUGUCUGGGGAAAAUUAGUAGAGUUGAAUUAGAGUUGAAAGCUCCUUUUUCUCCUUUCGAUUUUGCUGUUCUCUUUUUAUCAGAAUUUUUGAGAAUCAAGCACAGGCUUGUUCACGAUGAGGAUCCAGCAGAAGACGAAAAGCAGCAUAUUUUUCCAUGUGCUUAUCCCAUCACCCCUAGAUGAAAGGACUCUUCCAUCGGCAACGGCUUCCAUCUCCGUCUAAUCCCCAACGCUCAGACCAAGCUUCUUCUCCUCUACGAAGAGCUGGGCACGCUCAAUGACCUCGAAACCGAGGACGCCAAGUUGAUGCAAAAGUCGCAGAAGUGCAAGGGCGAUCGACUUCGCAUCAUGGCACAGAUUAAGGAGUGCCAGGACAAACUGCAGGAGAAACGAGAGGAGAUCGAAAACUGGCGACAAGAGGAGCAGAACCUGCAGAGUGAGUUUUCAGAUUUGGUUGGCGAUAAUAGUCCAUUCUUGCCUGCGCUGCUGAGGAUGUACAAGAAGAAGGUGAAGAGGAAGAAGAAGAAAGCCGGAGACAGUGAUGAGGAUUCGGAUGAAGACGAAGAUUCCGAUGAAGACGAUGAUGAUGACGGUACUUUAUACACGCACCACCAUAGGAUUCAACAUUUAUUUAUAGAUAUUGUUCAUGCCUCUAAAACACAACCGGUUAGUUUUUACCUCUAAAACUCUGGCUUAUCCCAUGCAGCAAAACAUAUGUUAUUGUCCAUGAUGGUACUAUGACAAGCCUAACGCGUUAUUUUAGCAACGCGUUAUAGAUGCGUGCUGGUUGGAUUCUAGUACUGCUCUAUUAAUAUUCUGCCAUAUAACGUGUUGCCGAAAUAACGCGUUAAGGCUGCCAUAGGUACUAGAGGUAGAUGAUUCAGUACAACGAUAUUGGAGGUGUUGUAGUUCAACUACUUACAAAUUUUAAGUACAACUAUAGGAGCAAGUACUUCCAAAUUUUAAGUACAACUAUAGGAGCAAGUACUUCCAAAUUUUAAGUACAACUAUAGGAGCAAGUACUUCCAAAUUUUAAGUACAACUAUAGGAGCAAGUACUUCCAAAUUUUAAGUACAACUAUAGGAGCAAGUACUUCCAAAUUUUAAGUAUAUCUAUAGGAGCAACUACUUUCUUUGUCGUGCUCCUGUAGUUUAGGUACAGCAGCAACUACAGGAGCACGACAAAGAAAGUACUAUAAUAUCGGUACGUAGGUUGAAAUUCCUCCCAAAGACAGUCGAUAUUCCACUCCACCAGCUGCACAGUCAAUUCCGGUGCUCCACCAAUUAUUAUUUUACUACACGAUCUUCCUACUUCAGGCGACAGCGAUGACGAAGAGGAGCAGGAAGAAGAUAUGUGUCCCCCUGGUUGCGAGAUGUCGGUCUACGACGGUGUCCUCGAGUUGCGGGAUAAGCGACUUGAUAUGGAAGAAGCCCUUCUUGAAAUUCAGCGCGCCGUGGAGGAGUUGAGGAGAACACAUCAGAAGUUGCUCAGCGACGAGAAGAAGAUCGAUAAGGAGCAAGAACAAGCGGACAAGGAGAUCCAAGGCUUUCAAAGCGAAAAACAGAAGAUGCUCAACAAAAUCGCAGUUGCCUUGACGUUGCGUUUGUCGCAGGUCCAGUCUCUGACCGACCCAGAGCAGGAGGACGACUAUCCGAUGCUAGCUUUGAACUUGAGCGAGUAUCUGGUGUUCCCGAACCAGCGAUUGUCGCAGUUGAUGGUUAGGAUUACGGAAUUGCACCAGGAGAAAGCGCAGGUGAAGCAGCAGUUUCGAGCACUGAAGAAAGAAUACGUGGUAAGAGGGAAACAAAAGAAAGUCGUGGCAGCGGAAAUCGAAGACCUACAAAUCAAAUUCCAGAACUUGCAGAGGCUCAAGUUUGGACGGCAGGUACUUGUUUCUUCGUGAUGUCACUCUGGACUUUGAGUCAGUCAUACCAGAAAUAGGAGAAGAGUAAUUAGAGUUUUUGUGAUGACGAUUUAGUUUUCUGCCUGUCGUGUACGUGUAGCAACAACAAAUUUCUAACGUGCUCGUGUAGCAACAACAAAUUUCUAACGUGUUCGUGUAGCAACAACCUAUGAACUUGAUGAACAUCAGAUCGACUUGGAUAUGAUCGAGCGAGAAACCGAGGAAGAUCCGUACAUGCUCGAGUUGUCUGGCAAGAUAGAAGAAAGUGAGAAGGAGGGCAAGCAGUCUACGCGGGAAUGGAAGUUACGGCUAGCGCGCCUCAAGCAUCCUUCUUUAGCAUCAUGACAUGUGGGUGCAUCCUUGGGGCUUCUUUUUCUCCUUGUGAAAAAGAAUCGCCCAGGGAUGUUCUGUCCUGCAGUUAUAGGGUAUUAGAUGUACAAUGUGGGACAUCAUCAUGAUGAGGAUGUAAGAAACGCGGUAGCUCUAAGAUUAGGGAAAGUAGAUGGUUUGUUGUCGAAUUUCAAGCAGGAGACGGCAAGGAAUACCGCAUUAUCAGAGAAAUUGGUGGAACUUGGAUACCAGAAAGUCGAGCUAGACGAAAAACUCAAUGCAAGGAUCAGCAAUUAUGGCAAAUUUUGGUGAAGUGACGACUUGGAGUUUUAUCUAUUUCAGUUAUAUAUGUACCAGGGAGGGAGGCCCCCCCCCAGUUUACCUAUAAUUUCAGUUAGCUUCUACUUUUCUAGUAUGUUAUACAUAGUAUUGCAGGGGAAUAUCAUCUGCGACUCAUCAUAAACGGCAGUGUAGUACAACUCCUAGUUUUCGAAUAAAUUGUAUGUAAUAAAAGUGUAGUGAUGUCGUGGUCCUCCCCCUCGCCUUUACUCUUCUCGUUUUUAUGUAAAAAAUGCUUCUCAACUACAUACGCCACUUCCCACUCUCUAAAACUCCGUAACGAUCAACGACGACGUGACGAUGGAGUUGAGGCUGAAGGAAGAGGAGGCGAUGCAGGAGACUAUCCGCGAACAGCAGACCGAAAUUCAAACCCUUCAAGCAGAAAUUCAACUCUUCCGCAAGAAAGGAGGUCACAUUUACACUACUGUCACAAGCAAUCGACAUGCGUAAAUUGUUGCUUUUCUGCGGUAGGUUGUUGCUUUUCUGUGGUUGUUAUUGUGGCAUGAAGAUUGAGUUGGAUUUUUAGGAGGCGGAAGAUUCUUCACGGAGUCCUCGUGUGCCUCCUUUGCGGAAAUUUGUGGCUCUUCACACUACCGAGCCCAGAAAUAGAGGUGGCUGUAUCCAAAAAACUUCACCUUGUUCCCUUAUGAAUAUUUGACUUCCUCUUCGAGAGUAUCAUUAUUGGUCUCAGUUCUUUUUACGAUUUGAUACGCUUCUUAAGGUAGUAGAAUUAAUACCUUCUCUACUGAACAUCGAAAAUAUGCUUAUGAUUAUACUCUGAAUCUUCAAGAAUCUUCUAGUAGUUGUACUUCUUAAGAAAGUUGUUAUGAGGAUAGAAAAAUAACGAGAAACUACUGGAUAGCUGUUUUGCUUGACAUGAUUUAAUACAACAGAAGAUGAUAACGAGAAAAAGUGGUAAGGCAUAAAAUGAACUUGAACUAUGUCGUAUAUGGUGUACUUGUGAGUGGUUGUACUUUCUAGUUACUACAAUCAGAAGGUCUCAAGACAUUGUUUCUUCACGAAUAAGACAUUUAUCAGACACGACAGAAGUUUUUACUAAGUUAAGUAAACAGCUACUCUUCACUAGAUGAGCAAAUGCCCUCUGAAUUGUAUAGUUAGAGUAGAUAUCCCUCUUCAAUAACAAAUCUUACUGACUAGCACCACCACCCCUAUUUCUGCUUCGACGUUGUUAUCAAAAACGGAAACACGCGCGCGCCCAAGCGCGCAAAAUGCACAGUAUUUUACGAUUACUUGAUCCAAUUUCAUCCAUUUAAGAGGAUGUUGAAACUAUUGAAUUUCAUGUUAUUCUUACGACUUUGAUGUAAAUUCAUUGACUGUGAACAUCUGAACAUCACAAGAUCUUCGAACAGAAUUGAAGAUGGAUUAUACUUACUGGAGCCUGAAUCGCGAAAGCAAAGAUAGAGAGACCAUUAUCUCAAGACCAGUUUAGAACGAACGCAGCCACAUGAUCUGUUGGUAAAUGGAAAUGAAAGGAAUUUGAGGAAGAUUUCCGCACUACCCCUUGAUGUCUGAAAGAUCUAGAAGAGGAAGAUAGGAUCGCCUUAUUUUUGCGACUAGGACAAGGAACGAAGAAAAAGAUCUUCUACAACAAGGGAAGUUAAACAGCAG